UAAGAAACGCUGCUGUAACAAAUCGAUAUAAUAACAAAAUAACAACAGCUCUAACCGACUUAUGGACAAUAUUUUUGAUUUCUCCAACUAGUUUUCUCGUUAAUAUGUUUUUGUGUUGUUGACUGUUGAUCCGAGAACAAAGCCGGCAUCAUGACAAUCAAGAAAAAGGAGAUUUGUUCUUCAGCAAAUAAGUCUUCGACGCCACCCAAAUCGGCGGCGCGUAAAGAAUUGGCUUCCAGUACGGAUUCUAGUUCCAGCUCAAGCAGUUCAACGUCGUCUUCGUCCGGAUCGGAUUCGUCGAGUUCGUCGGACACUGAGAAUUCGUCUACUACCGAAGACAACUCUACUGAAUCGGAGAAACCAAAGAAGUCGCCGAGGAAAAAGGCUUCAACGUCAUCAGAACCCAAAGGAUCUGAAUUAACCAAAAAGCAGUCGUCGCCCGACAAGUCGUCUAAAUGUAAAUCGAAUACAGCGCCAAAACUGACUGCAGCCAUUUAUACAGACUCCGAUACAGAUGUCGAUUCGAAAACCAAGAGGAAAUUUCCUCCGGUCAAGCCCAAGUCAACAGCCACGGCAGCGGCCGUUUCAAAGCCACAAGACAAGAACAAGAAAACGGAUGUCAAACGUAGCCAAGGCCCACGUUCUAAGGCUACAGCCGUUUCAGACGGAGUCAAGAAACCGGAUACAAAGUCUAAGAGUAUAUUUAGUCCAGAUAAAAUUAACAGUAGUGACAGCGAUCCUCCCCCACCUAAACUGACUCCAAUGAAAAAUGUGGCGCAACAAAAGGCGCUAGUGAAACCCAGGCCAAAGGCAAUGGCGAUGGCAACGUUAAAAAAGAAUUCACCUUCACAUAAGGGUUCUACCUUGACAUCGGCUAGUUCGGAGUCCUCCGAUUCGGAUUCGUUAUCGGACAAAAAGACCAAAAAGAUAACACCCGAUAAAAAGAAGCCUUUAAAUAAACCACAGACAACGCCCAAGGUGACGACGAGCGCUACCGAAUCGUCGUCCAGUGGAAAAGUGUCCAGGGGACGUGGUCGCCCCAGGAAGUACCCGUUACUCGAACCCACCAGAAACGGUUCGAGCUCAAAGACGGGCCAAGACAAGAAGCCAGUUUCCACCAGAGGAACUACUAGAGUUAGUCGUUUAUUGGCGGCCAGCCAUAGAACUACUACGGUUACUGAUUCGGAUUCCGACACAGGAAGUAAAUCGACCAGCACUAGUUGUAAAUCGCCAACGAAAAAAGUUCGCGACAAAAAUCGAAAGCCGUUGAAUUGCAACGAUAAAAGGACAAACAGUGGUCUCGUCGAGUUGGAAGAACGGCUGUGCCCGGUGAACGGUUGCGAUUCUGUGGGUCAUAUGAACGGGUUGUACGAACGGCAUUUCACCUCCGAGGCUUGUCCAAUGUAUCAUAGAUUGACCAUGAAACAAUGCCAAGAAAUGUUGACUGAGCAUUUGAAAAAAAACGAGGAACGUUCAAAAGCCAUUUUGAAACCUAACUCUGCCGAACAAAAGCUUUUCAGAGAAAAGGUAAAAGAAAUGAGAGCAGCUGUAGUCGACAGAAAAAACGACACGAGUAGUGACACAUCAAAUAGUGACCAGUACGCCAGCAAAGAACUGGAACCGGACAUCGCAAAGUGCACAAAUAUACCGUUGUACGAUCUCAAAUUGUUUCAAGAAGCGCAAACAGUCGCUAGUGAAAAAAUAGAAGAAGAAUUGAAACAGCUACCGAAUUUCAAAGGGACUAAAUACUUAGAAAUGGGAAAAUAUGAAAUGGAAGUCUGGUAUCAGAGUCCGUACCCAGAGGAAUACACUCAAGUGCCCAAAUUGUACUUGUGUGAAUUUUGUUUGCAUUACAUGAAGAGCAAAACCGUGUUGUUUAGACACAAACUGAAAUGCGUUUGGAAACAUCCGCCUGGCGACGAAGUUUAUCGCAAAGACCGAAUUUCCGUUUGGGAAGUGGACGGAAAGCGAUUUAAGAUAUUCUGCCAAAAUUUGUGUUUGCUCGCAAAGUUCUUUUUGGACCAUAAGACUCUCUACUACGACGUUGAACCGUUUUUAUUUUAUAUUAUGACGACUCAAGACGAAGAUGGUUGUCACAUUGUCGGUUACUUCAGUAAGGAGAAAAAUUCAUUUUUGAACUUCAACGUGAGCUGUAUCCUAACGCUGCCACCGUACCAGAGACAGGGGUACGGUCGACUGCUCAUCGAUUUCAGUUAUUUGCUGACUCGAGUCGAAGGCAAAGUCGGCUCGCCGGAAAAACCUUUGUCCGACUUGGGACUGAUCUCAUACAGAAGUUACUGGAAGGACGUACUGCUGCAGUAUCUGUGCGACCUGGGCGGAAAACAACUGUCCAUAAAAGAUAUGAGUCAAGAGUUGGCCAUCAACUCCUACGACAUAGUGAGCACUCUACAAGCACUGGGCAUGAUGAAGUAUUGGAAAGGCAAACACAUCAUACUCAAAAAGCAGGACGUGAUUGACGAAUAUCUGGAAAGGUCAAAGAGACGCGGACCCGAGUACAAAGAAAUCGAUGGGAAAUGUCUUAGGUGGCAUCCGCGUUCGGCGCCCGCACCGUCUGGGCCCACGUGAGACGAACUCUGUCCCCGGACUUUGUCGACCGGAGAUUCGUCUCCCAGGGUCAGCAGACGGCCGAGGAGACAGAAACAAGUGAUCCGAUAAAGGAGACACACGGCGGUACUAUAAAAAUACAAACAAUAGGUGUGUAUAAUAAUAAUUAUGGACCAGACAGAUUAUAUUUAUAAAAUAUAUAUAUAUGUAUUUAUUUAUGUAGGUCUUUUAAUACUUGUAUAUGUAUGUUUACAGUUAUAAAUUAUAUAUAUAUAUAUAUAUAUAUAUACAUAAUUAUCAUCGUACAGUUGGCGGUAAUUGUAUCCUUAAGCUCUUUGCUACCUACCCUCGAAAUAAGAAACUAAGUUAAUCGACGGCACAAAUAUUAUUUUACUUUUUUUUUUUUGUCAGCUCUUCUUUUUGCCACAUGAUUGCGCAACGGCCUUUUUUUUCUCGGCCUCGACCGUUUGUACAUAUAUAUAUAUAAAAUUUAUAAUAUCAUAUAUUUCGUGUGCUUGCCCUUCGCACGUGGUGGUUGUACGAUGAACCCGCGGCGUGUCAUCCACCUCUCGCCGUAUAUGUAUUCUUCUAUCCAGUUUAGAGCGUCAGUCGGCCUCGGUGAGAGAGAGAGAGAGAGAGAGAGAGAGAGAGAGAAAAAGCCCGAAAUAAUAUUAUUUAUGUAUAUAUAUAUAUAUAAUAUAUAUACUUUCAUACUUUCUGUGGGCGGCCUCGGUGGAGGUUAAAUUUUAUCCAAGGUCCUUCGCCUACCCCUCGACCUACCCCUUUACCCCCUUGCGUCCACCCUCUUCCCGUUUUGUAUCCCGUGCGCGCCUCUCAUCCGACCGAAAAUACAUCAACGUCGUCGUCGACUGUACAACAAUAUAAUAAUGGCAAUACCGAAAAAAAAAAAAAAGAAAAAAAACAUUUAAAAAAACCAAAUUUCAUUAAAGCAAUAAUAAAAAAAAAUUACCAUAUUCCGGCACGUGUGCAACGGUUAUACUUGUAUUGAAUUAAAUUAUAUAUUUUUAUAUUUAUAAAAUAACAAUAUGUUAUUCGCACGUAUUGUAAAAAUAUACACGGCUUGAGAGUAGGUAUAGAAUUAGGCGUAGUAUCAAGUAUAAAUAAUAUUAUAUUAUAGUAUUUAUAGUAUAUAUAUAUAUAUAUAUAUAUACAUACCCGGUGAUUGUUUUUAACGCCCCACGCAAGUUUACUCUUAAAGCGAUUGCAAUUUUCUAGCGUUUCUUUUUGGAAACAUAUUCAAUUCAUGUUAUAGCAAAACGUUAGACGGUGUACGAAUUUUUCAAAUCAUAUUUUAGUAUUUGCUAGAAGAGCUCUACCGACUUUUGAAACUCAAAUGGCCACGUAUUCAAAUAAUCGAGAAUAUUUACCGAACAAUUUUGACCUGUCGACAUUUUCAAUGCAAGUUGUUCUUAUAAUUUAGAAACUUAAUAAAAUAUGCACGGUACCGUUUUACUGUUGAUAAAGCUCUAGAAUUAUAGCAAAAAAAAAAAAAGAUGACAAUUUCAAUUUUAUCUCAUAUAGCAUAAACAAAAAUGUUUAAAAAAAAAAACGCUAGAAAAUCGCAAUUUGUCUUAAGAGUAAACAGCUAGUGUAGUGCGUUAAAAGAAUCACCCUGUACAUAGUAAUAAGAUAUUUUUUUGGUCCAAUUAUAUAUUUAUUUUAAUAAGAAUUGUUCCCACCGACGAGAAAAAAAACGUUUGCUCACCGUAAGAUGUUAAUAUUUUUUAAUAAUUAUAUAUAUAUUUAUAUUUUUUACAUAUUUUGUAUACUAUAUUAUAUAUGUAUCGUUAACGAUUCGAUUUGCAAGAAAAAGGAUAAAUAUAGAAUAGUAUGUGUUUUUUAUAUAUUUAAAUAUUUUUAUCUUGAAAUAAUUUGAGAAUUUGUACUUGGUUUUCAGAGUUUGUUUUGAAGGUCAAGUUAAAUGUCUUUGGUUAGGCGUUUGUUGUUUUUGUUUUGUUUAUUGACUAAAAUUUAUUUUAUUUUUUUAUCAGGUAACGCGCGGAAAAUGUAUAUUUUUUUGUAAAAGCUCAAUUAUUAUAGUUUUUGUUUUCUGUUGUUAUUGUAAAAUGUUCGGUCGGCGUUUUGUCGACUGUCGACUGUGUGUUGGUGUUACUUUUUUCCAAUCUGUUUAAAAUUAAAAAAAUGUGUAAGCAAUUCGGUUUAUUAUUAUUAUUAUUAUAUAAUAUUUUGUAAUACUACCUUUUUAUGAGAAACGUUUUGUUUUUCACAUUUUGUUAUGAUUAUUAUUAUUAAUUUGGUAAUUUAUUGUAAUUAUUUUUAUAUUUUUAUCGUUAUCAUUAUCUUUCAAUAAUAUCCACUUAUGUGUA